AAAAAAGGCAGCCAAAAUUUCUAACAGCCAUCAAAAGAGAGUAAAAUGUCAGGUCAAAAUGCACCAAUCAAUCCCAACGGGGAUCCGUACCAGCUCCUCCAGAUAGUCCGAAACCCGGACGGCAUGAUAACCCGAGCUCUCGAUAUUCCAGAAACCCCACCCACAUCUGAUCCCAGCCUUUAACUUAUAUAUAUCUUCCCAAGCGAAAGUCAAACACAUAACAAACUCCAUCCUGAGUUCCUUACACAACUAUAUAUAUUACAAUUACUCAACAAUGUAAGUGGAAUCCUUAUCUUCCUAACUUUUCUCUCUGUUUUACACUUUCUCUCCAUUGUUGAAGCUUCAAGCUUUUCCUAAUUCUUACAAACAAUUUGAGCAGAAAGCUCAUCACAAAGCUAGAGAGUUCGCCAUGUCAAGUCAAACUGCUCCCUCAAAUCCCACCGUUGAUCCCUACCAACACCUCCAAAUCGCCCUCAAUGCCGACGGCACGAUCACACGCCUCUGAGAAAUCCCGAACACUCCACCCACACCUGAUCCUAGCCACCCCACUCCAGUUCUCUCCAAAGACAUCCCUCUAAACCAAUCAAACAACACCUGGGUCAGAAUAUUCCUACCCAGAGAAGCACUUGAUCAUAACUCCUCCACUAAACUGCCUCUCAUAGUUUACUUCCAUGGAGGAGGGUUCAUCCUUUACAGUGCAGCCUCAUCAAAUUUCCAUGAUGUUUGUGCCAACAUGGCAAUUGACCUCCACGUCAUCAUCGUAUCCGUCGAAUACCGCCUCGCCCCAGAGCACCGUCUGCCGGCGGCUUAUGAUGAUGCUAUGGAAGCGUUACACUGGGUCAAAACAACCCCAGAUGAUUGGCUAAGAGAUUAUGCUGAUUUAUCUAACACGUUUAUUAUGGGUGUUAGUUCUGGUGGUAACAUAGCCUACCAUGCAGGGUUACGUGCAUCCGUGGAAAUUGAUAAACUUGAGCAUUUGGUGAUCAGAGGGUUGAUAUUGCAUCAACCAUACUUUGGUGGGUCCCAAAGGACUCAAUCAGAAUUGAGGGACAAUCAUCCAACUUUGCCACUAAGUGUUUGUGAUCUAAUGUGGGAAUUGUCAUUACCAAUUGCUGACCGCGACCAUGAGUAUUGCAAUCCAAAGGUUGGAGAUGGGCCUCAGCUUUUGGAAAAGAUCAAGCUGCUAGGAUGGAAGGUCUUGGUGGUGGGCUAUGAUGGGGACAUACUAUUUGAACAUCAAAUUGAGUCGGCAAAACUGAUGAGAGAAAAGGGUGUGUCAGUGGUGAGCCAAUUUGGUGAGGGGGGCUAUCAUGGGGUAGAUUUUGUUGAGCCUGCCAGAGCUAAGGCACUCCAUGUGGUCCUUAAAAAUUUCAUAUUGUCUUCAUUGGUUGCCUAGGAAGAAUAGUCCACAGGUCAAAAGUCUGCACAAAGAAUAACGUUGUAAUGUUGUUGAUGUGAUUAAUGCCAUGUUGUUAUAUGUACUGAAAAGUCGUUGUUUUGGCUUUGAUGCUGUUAAAUCAUAAAUAAAAAAACAUCAUUUUCAUAAUUA